AAAAAAACGAAGUUACAAUCGGAAGUUAUGAUACCACGGGCAGCGUUGAGCAAGACUCUACGACACUUCAGCUUAUCUGCUCGUGCAUGCGUGCACAUUUCUCACAUUGGAAAAACUCCCAUCCCAAUUCCACCUAAUGUCACCAUCACCCAAUCUCAAACUUCACUCGAAGUCAAGGGACCUCUUGGCUCAACGUCCGUCCCACUGGAAUCAUACAUGAAGCUCGCGUAUCCGCAAGAGAACGUGCUGACAAUAGCCGUAGAGGACGCGGAGGUAAAGAAGCAGCGGUCAAUGUGGGGUCUAACACGAACGCUCAUAAAUAACGCGGUCGUCGGAAUGACGGAGGGUUUCACUGUUCCCAUAUACCUUCUGCAGUUGGAGGACGAUCCGAGAGGAAUGACAAAUGGUGGCAAUGGCCAGAGACUCAAUAUGAAGCUGGGACAUUCUCAUAACGUCUACGUGCCAAUUCCUGCCCAUAUCAAAGCAACUGUGCCUUCUCCGACGAAGAUCACGCUCUUUUGCACGGACAAGCACUUGCUUGGUCUUUUUGCUGCACGCAUACGGAAAUGGCGUCCACCCGAACCAUACAAAGGCAAGGGUGUUUUUAUUGGCAAUGAACAAAUUCGUAUCAAGUCUGUCAAAAAGAAGUAGUCUGACACCCCACUUUU